ACAAUAUGAAAGAAAUGAACACAGUCGUAAAAUAAUGCCCAUUGACAGUAUCGCUGAAUCUUUUAUUUUUUUUAAGUAACAAUAAUUUUUCCACAGUGCUAAUCAAAUAUAAUUUAUUGAAUGAGAAUUGCUCAUAAUUACCAAUAAUCGUUAAAUUGAAAAUACGAUUUUGCUGAAGUGUCAAUCUAAAACAAUUCCCAUUCAUCAGACAACAACAAAAUUUGACCAAACAUAUUACACCUAAUUCAAGUUGACAGAAAAAUUGUUGAGAAACAGAAAUCGCGGACGAGAAAGAUUCUUUUGCUUUUUUUUAUUUAACAAAAUAAUCGAACUUAGUUUGUGUGCAACGUAAAGUUAAAUAAAUACGAAAAAUGCUGUUUUUGGAGGAUUACCUGGAAAUGAUUGAACAUCUCCCGCAAGAGCUAAGAGACAGAUUCACUGAAAUGCGAGAAAUGGAUUUGUCCGUCCAAAACAAUACCGAUACGUUCGAGAAACGCAUUCGGGCACUUUUCUCGCAAUGUCGUCGGGGUGAACUUCAAGGUGCUGCCGCUGAUGCUGAAUUCAAUUCCAUACGUAACGAUUACUAUAAAGCGUUAGAAGAUGCCGAUGAGAAAGUUCAGUUAGCUAAUCAAACGUAUGAUUUGGUCGAACGAUAUUUACGGAAAUUGGACAGUGAACUGUUUAAGUUUAAAUUGGAAUUGGAAGCCGAUCACAAUGGUAUAACCGAGAUUUUAGAGAAACGUUCACUGGAACUAGAUGGCAGUAGCUCAACCAGUCAUUUAAUCAAUGCCAUAAGCCAAAAAGAGAAUCGGUACUUUGGAUUGUUAUCGCAAAAUAACCAUUCUGCAAGCAGUAGGGAACGGUAUAGGCCUAAGCCCGAAAAAAGACGUGAUAGUCGAAGCGACGGGCCGCCGGAAAAACGUCAUGUAAUAUCGACUAGUUCAGCUAUAGCAGCAACAUCGGCACUAAACAUUCGCCCUUCCACUCCGACAAUUGUCAUGCCCACAACGCCAACACCAUCAAUGUCGUAUAGUCUGCAACAUUUAGGUGCAGGUAAUGCAAUAGUUGCAGCCGCUUCUCAAGCCAUUGCAGCUACACAACAAAUGCAGCAGGGUCGUCGAACCGCUAGUUUGAAGGCCUCAUACGAAGCAAUACAUGGAGGUGGAUCAUCGGUGAGCGGUACACACGAGCUGAUGGUCGGGCGUGAAUUGACUGGGGCUGCACAUUCAGCUAUCCAGGUCGUAGAAAGAGAUAACUCAUUCAAUGGUCAGCGACGGCAUAAAAAGAAACUAAGCCAUCCGACCGGUUCCAUCAACCAAGGAUCGAAUUCCGGUCAACCGUUCAUUUUACCUACCACUUCAUCUCUGUCUCAACCAAUUAUCCGAGCCGAACCGCCACCGAUCGUUUUAAAUGGUGAGGGAUUGAUUGUCGAACAGACUGCUGACGGUGAAUGGACGUACGAUCCGAACGAACCGCGCUACUGUAUUUGCAAUCAGGUUUCGUAUGGUGAUAUGGUCGCUUGCGAUAAUGAAGCGUGUCCGUUUGAAUGGUUCCAUUAUCCUUGUGUCGGAAUAACACAGUCACCGAAAGGAAAGUGGUACUGCCCCAAGUGUACGGCAUCAAUGAAACGUCGCGGCGCAAGGAAAUAGGCCUAAUCGACUGCCAUAUUAGCUCUCUCUUUGUGCAACCGGAAAUUCCUCAGGCAUUAGUUCGAAUCAAGCGUCUUGCAGGAAAGCCAGUUCUGAAUCAAGGACAAUUUUGCUAAUUAUCUGAAAUACUCGCGAAAAAUGUAAAGCAAAGCAUACUAAAGGAAAAAUUCAAUAUCGACACGGUACUGCAAUUCGCCUUUAUACGAAAGUAGCAAUAAAACAUGUGAAACUAUGCCAAAA